AUGGGCGUAGCAACGAAUACGGAGAAUGGGCAUGGGCAAAAUAUGUUUAUAUCCAGUCCAGUUGAGCUGAUCCUCGAGGGCAGUUGGAGGACAGAAGGUCACUUGAAGAAGUUUGCUGCCUUUAAGCCGAAUGAGAUGGUUACGAGCCUUUCGGAAGUUGCAGUAGAUGUGGUGACGUUGCAGAGCAGGUUGAGGUUUCGUUGA